GCUCUGGGGAGUGCGGGAGAUUUGUCGUUCAUGGCGGCUUCUUGCUCCCUAGGUUGCUCCUCUGCUUCUUGUGUCUGUAGCCGCCUGGGCACGCGGGGCGACCCCUCGCUGCUGGAGAAGCGGCUCUCAGAAGACUCGCCCCGCUACUGGCUGCUUCAGAAGUGGGCGAGCAUGUCGAGCGCUGACGCGGCGGAGGCGGAGCCCGAGCCGGGCGAGGAGAAGGCGGCGGCGGCGGCGGCGGCGGCCGCCGGGGAGAACCCGCUCGUGUUCCUCGUGUUCCUGUGCUUGCGCUGUCGCCGGCCGCUGGGCGACUCGCUCACCUGGGUGACCAGCCAGGAGGACAGCAACUGCAUCCUCUUGCGCUGUGUUUCCUCCAAUGUGUCUGUGGAUAAAGAACAGAAACUGUCCAAGUGUAAAGGCGAAGACGGCUGUUACACUUUAGGGUCCUCCGAAAAGCAAAUCGUGUCGGAAGACAAGGAGCUUCUCAAUCUGGAAAGCAGAGUUGAAAUAGAGAAGUCUAUAAAGCAGAUGGAAGACGUCCUGAAGGCCUUGCUGAUGAAGCUGUGGGAUAUUGAGUUAAAACUGUCCUCCGCUGGCGGCUGCUGCUGCUGAGCUGCCCUUCCCGACCCGCCCCCCGCCCCCCCCCCCCCGUUCCUAAUGGUGGUCAGACUCCUUCUGGGUACUUUAGGGGAGAAGUACCUGUUCUCCCUAUGUGACUCUUAAAGCCAGUUUAUGAUACAUACAUGUUGGAACGAGAUUUUGUGAGUUUUUAUUUUAUUAAAAAACGGGGUGAUUUUUUCUUUUUUUUGUUAAAUUCAUUGUAUGUGUGCAUUUUUCUAUUUUUUAAAAAACUUUGUCACUUAAUACUUUGGAUAUUAAAGAGUGAGUAGUAAGAAAAAAAAAA